AUGGGCUGCUUCUCCAGCCGCGUCGAGACCCCGACCGAGGAGCUGCCCGGCCCUCCCGCCGUCGAACGCGACGCCCCGACGCCCGCCGACACCGCCGCGCCGACGCAGCCGGACGCCACCCUCCCCUCCGCCACCGAUCUCGGCGUGGACAAGCGUCAGCUGUUGAUGUGGCGCAGAAAUAACGGCGACUCCUUGGAGCCGGUCCUCGCGAGCGGCGCCGUCGCCCUCCUCGACGCGCAGUGGAUCAUCAGCCACGCCGAGGCGGGCGGCGUCCUCACCCACCGCCAGGCGCUGCCCAAAGAGGCCUUCCUCUCUCUCGCCGACCUCGUCGAGGCGUGUUUCAGUUGCAACUCUGCGCUUCCCGUUGCCGCGCUCUCCUACCCGUGGCUGACCAAGGACCACCCCGACCCGUGCGGAGCCAAUCUCAGCCGCGUCGCACGGGUGCUCAAGCUUUUCCUGGGCAACCGCCAAAUACCCUUGUCGCGGCUCGGCGUCUUUUGGGACUUCGGUUCGCUGCACCAGCACCCGGACCCCGUCAACGGCGUCAUGCGCACCGAGGAGCAGAACGCGCUCUUCAAGCAGGGGCUGGGCUGCCUCGGCACGCUCUACUCCCACCCGCACACUUUCGUGCUGCGGCUGACCUCCUUCCCGGACGGCCACAAGGCGGAGGACCAGGCCGAGGGUACCAACGUGGCCAAGUACUUCGAUCGCGGCUGGUGCGCCACGGAGAACGCCUGGGCGAGCCUGACCAAGCGCAGGGAGCUCUCGCUCGACCUCGGCUUGAUGCGCGACGGCAAGGAGUACGACUUCCUCAGCCUCAUGUAUGACUGCAUCCAGCACGGCGGCCGGCGCCCUCCUCUCCUGCCGUCUCAAUUCGCGGCGGAGCUGGAGACGAAGAGCUUCACCAACGGCAAGGACGACAAGCCGCUCGUCAAGCGGCUGUACGAGGCCGCCUUCGAGGAGCAGUUUGGCAAGGUGACCGAGCUGCACUACGCCGAACUCGGCUGGGGCGACGCGGGGGCGGCGCAGCUGGCGGAGGUCCUCGCGAGCGGGGCAGCGCCGCGGCUCGAGACGCUCAAUCUCCUCUACAACGAGAUUGGCGACGAGGGCUGCCAGGCGCUGGCCGCCGCCCUCAAGGGGGGGGCUGCCCCGAGCUUGAAGGCGCGGGAGACUCACCCUCAGUACAAGAGCCCUUGGCGCCAACCCUCCUUGACCCCCCUCACGCACGCUUACUGUAGAGGCUCGAGGGAGCAGGUGCCGCCCGUGUACUACCAGAAAACAACUGAAAACGGCACGUACUGCUACGUCGGAGGCACGCCAGAGUGCGAGGCGCUGGUGGCCGUGUGCGAGGAGCGCGGCAUCGAACUGCCCAUGGAUUUGUACUACUCCAGCGCCUCCCGAAGUAAACUGGGCGGCGCGGAGGCGGCGCAGUUGGCAGGGGUCAUCGCGAGCGGGGCAGCGCCGCGGCUCGAGGCGCUCUCUCUUUUCCACAACCAGAUUGGCAACACUGGCUGCAUGGCACUGGCCGCCGCCCUCGCCAAGGAAGGGGCAGCGCCGCGGCUCAAGCAGCUCGAUCUCCGCAGCAACAAGAUUGGCGACGAGGGCUGCGAUGCGCUGGCCGCCGCCCUCGGCAAGGAGGGGGCAGCGCCGCGGCUCGACCAGCUCUCUCUCGGCGACAACGAGAUUGGCGACGAGGGCUGCAAGGCGCUGGCCGCCGCCCUCGGCAAGGAGGGGGCAGCGCCGCGGCUCGAGUAUCUCGGUCUUCGCGAGAACAAGAUCGGCGACGAGGGCUGCGAUGCGCUGGCCGCCGCCCUCAAGGAGGGGGCCGCCCCGAGCUUGAAGGCGCGAGACGCCACCCUCGCCACUCGCCCCUCCCCUACGCUCGGCUACACGCGCCAGGCCGCCGUCGCCGCCCGCGAGGGGACGACCAUCGUGUGCGACGUGGGCAACGAGAAGCAGCCUGAGCUGAUGGCCGUGUGCGAGGAGCGCGGCAUCAAGCUGCUCUGA